CCGUACCAAAUAAAGCUAUCUAUUUUUCAUUUAUUUGAACACCUUACGCUCAUUUCCGAGCUCUUUUUGCUGCCAUUUCAACAUUUAUCGGCUCACAACAUAUCCAGCAAAUCAUGAGACUUUCCGUUUUAUUCUGCUGCGCACUUUUUGCAACAAUUUUUGCAGACGAUAAAGAUUCCAGCUCUUCAGAAAAUUUACUUUCUGACAAAUCCUCUAACAUCACAAGUGCCGAUGCAUCAGAUGGAAAACUUCAAAUUGAAGAGCAAUUCGAUGGAAAUGAUAACUCAACAGUAACAUCGAAUGGAACUAAAAGCCCUUCUUCAGUUGGAUCAUCUCUUCCAACAAGCUCAUCUGGUCCUGAAAUCAAGACAACGACUCCUAAAUCUGGAAAACCAAGGGCUCCAUCUUUCACUGCUUGGUCAUUUUUCAUCGGUAUCAUCGUAGCUUUCCUGAUCAUUGGCAUCGCUGUCUUUGUUCUGAAGUUCUUCUGCCAACGACGUACCCCUGGAAACAACGUCCCAUACACUGCGUAUCAGUGAUCGAGAGACCUAUUUUUCAUGAGGUUGAAGCUCAUAAAUUUGCUGUGAAUAAAAAUAUAUUGGUUGCAUUUUAUGUAUGUUUGAAAUAAAGUUAGUUGUUU